CCCAGUUGCCCGUACACCCAACAAAAAUCUUGGGGCACCCCAGUCGCAUUCCGCGUGACCAUCUCCCUGUCCUUGGUUUUUAUCAAGUGCCCGAUCGGUUGGAGACUGCAUAGCGUUGAGUGCGUCUUUGCGAGUGAAUUGUUGCGGAUAGAGCGAGAGACAUGGGGCUGUGCGGCGGCGAGGGAUCGGAGGAGCGGGAGCGCGAGUGGGAGGAGGCGGCGGAGGCGGUGGCGUACGACUCCUGCACCUGGCCGCCGCCGGUGGUGGCAGUGUGCGGCCCGGGCAACAGCGGCAAGUCCGCAUUCUCCCGCCUCCUCCUCAACACCCUCAUCGGAAGGUAUAAGAGGGUGGCAUAUCUGGAUACCGAUGUUGGCCAGCCUGAAUUCACACCUCCAGGUUUUGUGUCGCUUCAUGUACUUGAGGAACAGACUAAAGAUCUUACAAUGAUAUAUCUACGGCCUCCAAAGAGGUGCUUCUUUUUUGGUGAUGUCGGUGCACACAGGAACCCAAAACUUCUCUUGAGCUACAUAUUUGGCCUCUAUGAUUAUUUUCUUCAAGAACUCUAUUGCUUUAAUGAGACUGAUAACCCUAAGAAAUCAGCUAUACCACUUGUUAUUAACACUUCAGGAUGGGUGAAAGGUAUUGGACUUCAUGUUCUUUCAGAGAUAUUGAGAUAUGUAUCCCCAACUGAUGUUAUUCGGCUACACAGCACGUCAGAGGGUAAAAAUUUACCAGAUGGUGCAUUUUGGUUGGACGGACACCAGGGAGAUUCGCGAGUUAAUCUAAUUGUAAUCCGUGCAUCGCAGAACUCUCUCCGACAUUUGCUAGUGAAGAAGGAGGCACGGAUGAUUCGUGAUCUCAGGUUGAUUGCUUACUUCAGGCAGUGCUUGCCAAGGGACUUCCCUGUUUUCUCUUGUGAUGACUUAGUUCAUGGAUUUUCUGCUAUAGAUCCCUUCCAGCUUCCUCUUUCAAAAAUACAGGUUAUUGAUCUACAUUGCCAGGUUUCUGAUGGUGCAGUAUAUGACUUCUUGACUGGUACUAUCGUUGGCCUUGGAUCAAGUACAUGUCUCCCUUUGUCAACUGAAUGCUCCUCCCCAUGGUGCAUUGGACUUGGUUUUAUCAAGGCUGUUGAUAUUCCAGAAAACUGCAUUCAUCUGAUCACACCUGCUUCUCGUCACCUUUUAGAAAAUAUCGACAUCAUUUUUCGAAGUUGUAUUACAGUUCCUACCUGCCUCCUUCAGGUGUCAGACGAAGUGGAUGAUAUAACUGAGAGGCUGAGAGAUCUCUAGAGCUCAGUAUGAGUCUACAAAUGCAUAUGAUCAUCAGGGAUAGACACAUGUGUGCUAUCAGAGUGUCAUUUCCCGAUAAGAACCAACCUUGGGAAAAAAAUAUUGGACCUUUUAAUGAAGUUCAUAUGAACGUAUUUACUAUAUGCCCCUUUUAAGGAUGCAAUUCCGUAUCAUGGAAACCAGUAAACAAUGAACCUAUUAGUAUGAGACCGUCGGUCAGUCGUUAUCUCGUUAUACUUCAUUGCACUUAUGUUCGCGCACGCUAGUAAGCUUGUUGGAAUGUGAGUUUCUACAUUGUAGACCAUCUUUUUUUAUUUGUAUGGAUAACGUGAAGAUGUGAUAUAGAAUUAUAACAUAACACUUACUUAAAAGGAUGUAAAAAAUAUUUUUAUAGCAUUUUGGGUAUUGUUCUAA